AUGUCACGGCUAGUUCUUGUAUUUCUCGCUUAUAUCUUGGUCGCAGCGGCUUUUCCGGAGUAUGAGGGCUUGAACACGACUUGUACAAAGUCUCAUGAUUGUCAAGUCAUCAACACGGCCGCCGUCGGGAUCUGUAAAGAUGGGAAGUGUGACUACGAAUUGACCAGAGGAUUCAUCUACUUUCCUUUCAAGGAAGUGAAGAAAAAUGAAGCGGACAUCGAUGCUUGGAUCUUUUCGUAUGACAAGGUGCCAGAUCCAAUAUUUGUAGAAUGUCAGAGAAACGACACUUGCCACUUCACGGAGAGACCGUUGAGCGACUACGAGGAUCGCCGUAAUUUCACGAAGGAAUGCGAGAAGUACAGGGACCACUGGGCAGAGAGAACAUACCGCCACGCCUUCCAACUUUCCAAACAGUACUCGUUGAGCUUCUACUGGUCGGCGUUGACGCUCGUUACGCUUGGGGAGCAGCCCUCACCCCAGCGCUCCUUCCAAAACAUUUUCGAGAUUAUCGUCACGCUACUUGGGCUUGUAAUUUUCGCCGUAAUUGUUGGUGAUGUCGGCAACAUGGUGCAGACGAUGAACCUAAAGCGCACGGAUUACGAGGAGAUUUUCGACGGGACGCGGGCUUACAUGUUGCGACAUCAAGUCCCCCAACAACUCCAACAGAAAAUCAUCCGCUACUUGACGUACAUCUGGGGUCAGGGGCAGAUCGGAGUAGAUGAAAAGGCAAUCUCUGACUUCCUGCCCAAUCGUCUUUACGGCCACAUGGCUGUUCAUAUUCAUAUGGAGACCUUGAGACGCGUUCCCCUCUUUGCCGACUGUGAUCCAACACUCCUUUACGAGUUUAUAUUACGACUCGAGUUGCAGGUCUACAGCCCCGGUGAUUACAUUUGUCGAAAGGGAGAGGUCGGAAAGGAAAUGUACAUCGUCAAGUCGGGAUUCGUUGAGGUAGUAAAUGAAGACGGGACCAAGGCCUCAAUGGACCGCGAGAAGCAGCUCGUCACCAAGCUUGAGGAGAGUUUUGUCGAGUUUUUCGAGCUGGUCAACCGUGACGACGAGCACGAGGAGGACAGUGAUCCCGAUGGA